AUGGUUUCGGGUCAGCCAUCCACUGUCCCACCAACUGCUAUCCCAGACCCGUCAUUGCGCGUUCUGUUCGGUGUGCAAGGUUCGCGAUGGUCUCUUGAAGUUGAGCAGAUCAAUACAGCUCUACUGAACGACCCCGCAUUCUUCCGCGAGCUCAAAACACGAUAUAAGAAGCACCGAAAUUGGAUCAAGAGACUCAUUUCACCAUUUCGCUUCAGAUUCUGCCGCUUCGUCAAACUCGAAAAGUUCGACACUGGACGCGUGCUAUCCCAAGGCGACGACCUCCCCGACUACCCUGGCGUCAAAGACGAUUAUGAAUACGACCCAAGACCAGCGUGCGACAUGAACUGCAAAUGGCCAUGGCUCAACCCAUGGCAUGACUGCAAAAGCGAGUUCGACAUACAGUCCGACGACGCCAUCGCUGUUGCUUGGGGACUAGAGGCUGACCAUGCGAUCUCCUUCGCUUUCAUGGCAGUCUAUCACCUCGUGCCAUUACUCGCCGCAUUCGGCUUCUGGAUCUAUUGGCUGAUCAAGUUUCCCGGUGACUGGCAAAACGCAGCAGUACCAGUGCUGACUGUAUUGGCAAUCUUUGCAGUAUUGUGGGUGCCGUUUGGCAAGCAUCUUGGAAUCGUCUAG